AAAAGGAGGACAAUUCAGUACUUGAAGAAGUUGCAGAUCUACAAUUGUCUCCCCUUGCAGCAUCUAAGAUCUGAAUCUACACGAAUAGGGUUACUGCUUUCUUUGAUUGAUGAGAUUUCAGCUUGCUUUUUCUUCAAUCUGUUUGGUUCCCGAGAAAAUGUGUGCAUGAUUCGGUAGAGUUUUGGGACAUUGCAUUGGUUGAACAGGAUGGCGGAUGUUACUACAAACAAAGUGGAGACAACUGAGGCCCCUAAAAAUGUAUUUGAUUUGGGAGCAUUUGUUGGGGACUUGACUUUUGAGGAGGAUGCCAGCAGUGAUGAUGUAUCAUUGGAUGGGCUUCAGCAAGAAUUGGAAGAGUGCAAAAAUGAUGAUGUAGUUGUAAAUAUUUUGUCUAAAGGUACGAAACUAAGGGAGCACACAAAGGGGGUAGAGAGCAACCUACGUCAAGUUGAAUUGGAUUCAAUUCAGGAGUAUAUAAAAGAAAGUGAUAAUCUAGUCUCUCUUCAUGAUCAAAUCCAUGAAUGUGAUAGCAUUUUGUCACAGAUGGAGACCCUUCUCAGUGGAUUUCAGGCUGAGAUUGGUUCUAUAAGUUCAGACAUAAAAAUUCUCCAAGAAAAAUCAAUGGACAUGGGUCUGAAACUCAAGAAUCGCAAGGUAGCGGAAUCAAAGCUGGCAAGAUUUGUUGAAGAUAUUAUAGUCCCUCCAAGAAUGGUUGACAUAAUUGUUGAUGGGGAGGUCAAUGAUGAAUAUAUGAGAACUCUUGAGAUUCUGAGCAAGAAGCUGAAGUUUGUUGAAGUGGAUCCUACGGUGAAAGCUUCAAAAGCUCUAAAAGAUGUUCAACCUGAGCUUGAAAAGCUUAGGCAAAAAGUGGUUUCUAAGGUGUUUGAUUUCAUUGUUCAAAAGCUUUAUGCACUGAGGAAACCAAAAACCAACAUCCAGAUCCUUCAACAAAAUGUGCUUCUAAAAUACAAGUAUGUAAUUUCAUUCUUAAAAGAACAUAGCAAGGAGGUCUAUGGUGAAGUUCGUGCAGCAUACAUUGACACAAUGAAUAAGGUUCUAAGUGCACAUUUCCGUGCUUAUAUUCAAGCAUUGGAGAAAUUACAGUUAGAUAUAGCAACUUCUUAUGAUUUAAUUGGUGUGGAGACCAGGAGCACUAGUCUAUUUACAAGAGGAAGAGAACCACUGAAAAAUCGUUCUGCUGUUUUUGCCUUAGGGGAUAGAAUAAACAUAUUAAAGGAAAUUGAUCAGCCUGCACUAAUUCCACAUAUUGCUGAGGCCAGCUCCUUAAAGUAUCCUUAUGAGGUCCUCUUCAGGAGUCUGCAGAAGCUGCUAAUGGAUACAGCGACUUCCGAGUAUCUUUUCUGUGACGAGUUCUUUGGUGAAGAAUCCAUAUUUUAUGAAAUUUUUGCUGGUCCAUUUACUGUCAUUGAUGAGCACUUCAAUUCUGUACUUCCAAAUAGUUAUGAUGCUAUUGGCCUGAUGCUUAUGAUCCGCAUAACUCACCAGCACCAGCUUAUUAUGUCACGGAGGCGGAUUCCAUGCUUGGAUUCAUAUCUGGAUAAGGUUAAUAUAUCUCUGUGGCCUCGGUUUAAGAUGGUAUUUGACAUGCAUCUCAACAGUCUACGAAACGCAAAUCCAAAGCUGUUGUGGGAAGAUGAUAUCCAUCCUCAUUAUGCUAUGAGGCGCUAUGCUGAAUUUGCGGCUUCUCUUAUCCACCUUAAUUUUGAAUUUGGAGAUGGGCAGCUUGAGCUGAAUAUGGAACGACUGAGAAUGGCAGUUGAUGACCUGCUUAUGAAGCUGGCAAAAAUAUUUCCAAAACCAAAAUUACAAAUUGUGUUUCUUAUAAAUAACUAUGAUAUGACAAUUGCUGUGCUGAAGGAAGCUGGUUCAGAAGGUGGAAAAAUUCAACUGCACUUUGAGGAACUGCUAAAGAGCAAUACAGCAUUAUUUGUUGAAGAACUGCUGAUGGAGCAUUUUUCUGAUUUGAUCAAGUUUGUGAAAACAAGAGCCUCGGAUGACCCAAGUUCUAGCUCUGAGAGGCCAAUAUCCGUGGCUGAAGUUGAACCUCUUGUCAAGGAUUUUGCUAGCAGAUGGAAAGCUGCCAUAGAGCUGAUGCACAAAGAUGUCAUUACUUCUUUCAGCAACUUCUUGUGUGGAAUGGAGAUCUUGAGGGCUGCAUUGACCCAGCUGCUGCUUUAUUAUACCAGACUCUCGGAUUGCAUAAAGAAGAUUGUUGGUGGAUCUGCCCUAAACAAGGAUCUCGUGUCUAUAUCUUCAAUCAUGUAUGAAAUUAAAAAAUAUUCAAGGACAUUCUAGGGUAUAGUUUGUCUUCUUAGGAAGGAAAAUUUCGUAGAAGUUACUAAAUGUACUUAUAGAGUUCACCAUUGAACAUAGAUUGAGCUGAGCAUUCAAAUUGUCUUUGAUUCCAGUGUUUAUAAUUAUGUAAUGUUUGCCCUUAAUCAUUCCAACAAUUUUGAGAUUGUCCUGUCUUCACAAUAUUAGAUAUUUUUUAU